AUGCUUAUGAUAAUAGAGUUUGGUGCUGUGUUUGUUAUUGCCUCUACGUUUUCCAAUGGAUUGCAUAUGACUGUGAUAAAGAAACAGUCUAUGAUAGCUAAACAAAGAGACCCCUCUCCUCAUUAUCAGCAAUGUAACGGUGCCUUUCAUUUCAUGGAUUUAUUGUUUGUGACCGUUUAUGUUAUAUGUGAGCAUCAGGUAAUGGCUGACAGGCAAGAUUGCAAACCUGAGGAGGACCAUUCUUCCUUAGGAUUCACUCUAUACAUUGUUUUCUGCCACAUCCUCAAUCUGUACCAGAGGAACACGUGGCUGUACCAGGCACUGCGGGAAGGCACGCGGGUUCAGAGCACGGAGCAGAUCCUCCAGGUGGCCUCGGGAGCGGCCCGCAUCCGUGGGGAGAUGCUGGGCCUAAUCGGCUUUGGUCUCACGGGGCAGGCGGUUGCAGUUCAAGCCAAGGCCUUUGGAUUCAGCGUCAUAUUUUAUGACUCCUACUUGCAGGAUGGGAUCGAGCGGUCCCUGGGCCUGCAGAGGGUCUACACGCUGCAGGAUUUGCUGUAUCAGAGCAACUGCGUCUCCUUGCACUGCAAUCUCAACGAACGUAACGACCACCUCAUCAAUGACUUUACCAUAAAGCAGAUGAGGCAGGGAGCAUUCCUUGUGAAUGCAGCCCGUGGUGGCCUGGUGGACGAGAAAACCUUAGCACAAGCCCUCAAAGAGGGCACGAUACGAGGGGCAGCCCUCGACGGGCAUGAGUCGGAGCCCUUCAGCUUUGCUCAGCGUCCGUUGAAAGAUGCCCCGAAUCUCAUCUGCACUCUUCACACUGCCUGGUAUAGCGAGCAGGCGUCACUGGAGAUGAGGGAGGCAGCUGCCACCGAGAUCCGCCGAGCCAUCUCAGGUGGCAUCCCAGAAAGCUUAAGAAAUUGUGUGAACAAGGAAUACUUUGUCACAUUAGCGCCUUGGUCAGUAAUAGACCAGCAAGCAAUUCAUCCUGAGCUCAAUGGUGCCACAGACAGAUAUCCUCCAGGCAUCGUGGGUGUGGCUCCAGGAGGACUUCCUACAGCCAUGGAAGGGAUCAUCCCUGGAGGCAUCCCAGCGACUCACAACCUCCCGACAGUGGCACAUCCUUCCCAAGCGCCCUCUCCCAACUAGCCCACA